AUGCGCGGAGCCUCCAUCCUGUCGCUAGCUGCCGUGGCUCUGCCAUGUGCUAAUGCCAUUACACUUCAUAAGCGGGACGAUCCUGCCGUAUUCGGACUCCCAAUUGCCCGCAGUGAACGGUCCCAAGCUCUACAGAAACGCGAUUCGAAGGUUGCCAGCACGGCUCUUUACAAUGUGCAAAACAUGUAUUACAUGGUGAACAUCACCGUCGGCACCCCCGCUCAAAAUGUCUCUCUUAGUCUCGAUAUCGGCAGCAGUGACAUCUGGGUUAACGUCCCCAACUCUACCUACUGUGCGGCUGACGAUGAUCCCUGCACCUCGACCGGGGUGUUCGACUUGAAAAAGUCCUCCACCUUCAAAAUGCUCGAUUAUGAUAUGAACGCCACCUAUGGGGUCGGGUCAUUUUUGGCUGCAGGUCCCUAUGCCACUGACACGCUGACUAUUGGAGGCGCCACGGUGAAAAAUAUGGAGUUUGCAUUGGCUGAGCAAAGCCGCAAUCCUCAUGGCAUCCUAGGAAUCGGAUAUUCGAUUGCUACUGAUGCCGCCGCCAACCUUGGCAAGAACUACUCCAACCUUCCCGAAGCAUUGGUCAACAGCGGUGCUAUCAAGUCGGCUGCCUAUAGUCUGUGGUUGAACAAGUAUAGUGGCACCGGAAACCUUCUCUUCGGAGGAGUUAACAAGGCACAAUAUAAAGGCGACCUGCAGACUGUGCCUGUCUUGCCAGUCUAUGGUCAGUAUCGUUCCCUGGCCAUCGCCUUGACAGAUAUCUCUGUGAAGGGCACCAGUGGCACCAAGAGUUAUACGACAGGCCUGCCCUUGGCCGUCAGCUUGGAUAACGGAAGUCCUUUGAUCGCACUGCCUCAGGAGCUCCUGGACCCCAUCUUCAAGGAAGUUGGUGCGGGAUACUCUUCGACUGCCGAGGCCGCCUAUAUCCCCUGUGACCAGGCCAACGCCGAUUACAAUGUGACCUUUAGCUUCUCGGGCGCCACGGUCACGAUUCCCCUCAGCGAACUAGUGUUUGCAGACUACACCGAGACCGGGUUCCCCAAGAACGCCUGCCUCUUCGGCCUUUCCUACAGUCAACCCGGACUGAAUCUGAUGGGCGACCCGUUCCUGCGUGGUGCCUAUGUGGUCUACGAUCUCGCCAAUAACGAGAUUUCACUCGCAGAUGCUAACUACGACGGCGGCAAGGAUGACAUUCUCGAGAUUGGCACGGGUACAGCUGCUGUCCCGGGCGCGACACUCAUGCCCUCUGCUGUCACUUCGGCGACGGGCAAUGGGGCUGCUGCAACCGGCACAGGCUCGACCUCUGGGUCUCAGGGAACCACUGUUUAUGUCACUGGUUCCGCGACUGGAACGGUCAAGAGUGGUGGUGCUACUAGCACCUCCUCCAAGGGUCUGGCAGCGUUGCCCACCGGCAGUCCUAACCUGCUGCCCGGUAUCUUGGGCGCUGGCUUGCUACUGGCAUUGUAG